UUUUCCAGAAAUCUUCUCUAUGUCUACCCACAGAGGCUGAACUUUGCUAACAAGCUAGCCUCAGCCAGGAACAUUACAAUAAAAAUCCAGUUUAUGUGUGGAGAAGACCCCAGCAAUGCCAUGCCGGUUAUCUUUGGAAAAUCCAAUGGGCCUGAAUUUCUACAGGAAGUAUAUACAGCCAUUACAUACCAUAAUAAGUCUCCUGACUUUUAUGAAGAAGUGAAAAUUAAGCUUCCUGCUAAGCUCACUGUAAACCACCAUCUCCUAUUCACCUUCUAUCACAUCAGCUGUCAGCAGAAGCAAGGGGCCUCCGUGGAAAGUCUCCUGGGAUAUUCAUGGCUGCCAAUUCUCCUAAAUGAACGUCUUCAAACCGGAUCCUACUGUCUUCCAGUUGCCUUGGAAAAGCUGCCACCCAACUAUUCCAUGCACUCUGCUGAGAAAGUCCCUUUACAGAAUCCUCCCAUUAAGUGGGCUGAAGGCCAUAAGGGAGUAUUUAAUAUUGAAGUGCAAGCCGUUUCUUCCGUUCACACCCAGGACAACCACCUGGAGAAGUUCUUCACCCUCUGCCACAGCCUGGAGAGCCAAGUGACCUUCCCCAUCCGGGUGCUGGACCAGAAGAUCAGCGAGAGCACGCUGGAGCAUGAGCUGAAACUCAGCAUCAUCUGCCUGAACUCCUCUCGCCUGGAGCCCCUCGUGCUCUUCUUGCACCUGGUGCUGGACAAGCUCUUCCAGCUGUCCGUGCAGCCCAUGGUCAUCGCUGGCCAGACAGCUAACUUCUCCCAGUUUGCCUUCGAGUCCGUGGUGGCCAUCGCCAACAGUCUGCACAAUAGCAAGGACCUGAGUAAGGACCAGCACGGGAGGAACUGCCUGCUGGCCUCCUAUGUGCACUACGUCUUCCGUCUGCCGGAACUGCAGAGGGACACCGUGCCCAAGUCAGGUGGCACCACUGCCCUCCCUGACCCUCGCUACCACACCUAUGGACGCACAUCUGCUGCUGCCGUGAGUUCGAAGCUGCUGCAGGUCCGGGCAAUGAGCAGCAGCAACCCAGACCUGGCGGGGACACAUUCGGCAACAGAUGAGGACGUUAAGAACAUUGUGUCAUCAAAGAUUGCUGAUCGGAACUGCAGCCGGAUGUCUUACUAUGGCUCUGGCAAUAACGAUGUUCCAUGUUCAACUGCAGCCCCAAGGCCGGCCAGCAAAAAGCAUUUCCACGAAGAGCUUGCCCUGCAGAUGGUGGUCAGCACUGGAAUGGUGCGAGAAACAGUCUUCAAGUAUGCAUGGUUCUUCUUUGAGCUUCUGGUGAAAAGCAUGGCCCAGUAUGUACAUAACCUGGACAAACGGGACAGUUUUCGGAGGACUCGUUUUUCUGACCGCUUCCAAGAUGACAUAACUACCAUUGUUAAUGUGGUCACCUCGGAGAUUGCAGCUCUUUUAGUGAAACCUCAGAAGGAAAGUGAACAGGCAGAGAAAAUCAACAUCAGCCUGGCUUUCUUCUUGUAUGACCUUCUUUCUCUCAUGGACCGUGGGUUUGUGUUUAACCUCAUCAAACAUUAUUGCAACCAGCUGUCGGCCAAGCUGAAUAACCUUCCAACACUCAUUUCCAUGAGGUUGGAGUUCCUGAGAAUUCUCUGUAGUCAUGAGCAUUACCUCAACCUGAACCUCUUCUUUAUGAAUGCUGACACUGCGCCAGCAUCGCCUUGUCCCUCCAUAUCUUCCCAGAACUCGAGCUCUUGCUCCAGUUUCCAGGAUCACAAGAUAGCCAGCAUGUUCGAUCUGACUUCAGAGUACCGCCAGCAGCACUUUCUUACCGGGCUCCUCUUCACAGAACUGGCUGCUGCCCUGGACACUGAAGGGGAAGGAAUCAGCAAAGUGCAGAGGAAAGCUGUCAGUGCCAUCCACAGCCUGCUGAGCUCUCAUGACCUGGACCCGCGGUGUGUGAAACCGGAGAUGAAGGUCAAAAUUGCCACCCUUUACCUGCCUUUGGUUGGCAUCAUUUUGGACACUCUGCCACAGCUCUAUGAUUUUACAGCUGCAGAUGCUCGUGGUGGGAAAAGUCGCACCAAUGGCUCCGAUGAAGAACAAGAUGGAGUCAGUGCAAUUAACCAGAAUGUGGCCCUGGCCAUAGCAGGGAAUCAUUUCAAUCUGAAAACAAGUGGAACAAUGCUAUCUUCCUUGCCCUAUAAGCAGUACAAUGUGCUGAAUGCUGACACCACCCGAAACCUUAUGAUUUGCUUCCUCUGGAUUAUGAAAAAUGCCGAUCAGAGCCUCAUCAGGAAGUGGAUUGCUGACCUGCCAUCAAUGCAACUAAACAGGAUUCUAGACCUGCUUUUCAUCUGUGUGUCCUGUUUUGAGUAUAAGGGAAAACAGAGUUCUGACAAAGUCAGUACCCAAGUCCUCCAGAAGUCAAGGGAUGUCAAGGCCAGGCUGGAAGAGGCUUUGCUCCGUGGGGAAGGGGCCCGAGGGGAGAUGAUGCGUCGCUGCCGGACUCCAGGGAAUGACCGAUUUCCAGGCCUAAAUGAAAAUUUGAGAUGGAGGAAAGAGCAGACACAUUGGCGGCAAGCUAACGAGAAGCUAGAUAAAACAAAGGCAGAGUUAGAUCAGGAAGCCUUGGUCAGCGGCAAUCUGGCUACUGAAGCAAAUUUAAUCAUCCUGGAUAUGCAGGAAAACAUUAUCCAGGCAAGUUCAGCCCUGGACUGUAAAGACAGCCUGCUGGGAGGUGUCCUGAAGGUCCUGGUGAAUUCUCUGAGCUGCGAUCAGAGUACCACCUACCUGACUCACUGCUUUGCAACCCUCCGUGCCCUCAUUGCCAAGUUUGGAGACUUGCUGUUUGAGGAGGAGGUGGAACAGUGUGCGGACCUUUGUCAGCGAGUGCUACACCACUGCAGCAGCAGUAUGGAUGUCACACGGAGCCAAGCCUGCGCCACACUCUACCUCCUCAUGCGCUUCAGUUUUGGCGCCACCAGUAACUUUGCAAGAGUAAAGAUGCAAGUAACCAUGUCUCUGGCUUCUUUGGUGGGGAAAGCACCCGACUUUAAUGAGGAGCACCUGAGGAGAUCCUUGAGGACAAUUUUGGCCUAUUCAGAAGAGGAUACAGCCAUGCAGACAACUCCUUUUCCCACCCAGGUGGAGGAGCUACUCUGCAAUCUGAAUAGCAUUUUAUAUGACACAGUGAAAAUGAGGGAAUUUCAGGAAGAUCCUGAGAUGCUUAUGGAUCUCAUGUACAGAAUUGCAAAGAGUUACCAGACAUCUCCUGAUCUGCGGCUGACCUGGCUCCAGAACAUGGCAGAGAAACACACGAAGAAGAAGUGCUUCACCGAGGCCGCCAUGUGCCUUGUACACGCGGCGGCCUUAGUGGCCGAGUAUCUGAGCAUGCUGGAGGACCACAGCUACCUGCCUGUGGGCAGCGUCAGCUUUCAGAGUAUUUCUUCCAAUGUGCUGGAGGAGUCUGCCAUCUCUGAAGACACCUUGUCUCCCGAUGAGGAUGGGGUAUGCUCAGGACGGUACUUCACGGAGUGUGGCUUGGUGGGCCUCCUGGAGCAGGCCGCGGAGCUCUUCAGCACGGGAGGCUUGUACGAGACAGUUAACGAGGUCUACAAGCUGGUCAUCCCCAUCCUGGAAGCUCAUCGAGACUUCCGGAAACUGACAUCCACUCAUGACAAGCUGCAGAAGGCUUUUGAAAACAUCAUUAGCAAGGAUCAUAAGAGAAUGUUUGGAACCUACUUCCGAGUUGGUUUCUAUGGAGCCAAAUUUGGGGAUUUGGAUGAGCAGGAAUUUGUUUACAAAGAGCCUGCAAUUACAAAGCUUCCUGAGAUCUCCCACAGACUGGAGGGAUUUUAUGGCCAGUGUUUCGGUGCAGAAUUUGUGGAAGUGAUAAAAGACUCUGCUCCUGUGGACAAAAGCAAGUUGGAUCCUAACAAGGCCUACAUACAGAUCACUUUUGUGGAGCCCUACUUUGAUGAGUAUGAGAUGAAAGACAGGGUAACCUACUUUGAGAAGAAUUUCAACCUGCGGAGGUUCAUGUACACCACCCCGUUCACCCUGGAGGGGCGGCCUCGGGGAGAGCUGCACGAGCAAUACCGGAGGAACACGGUCCUGACCACCAUGCAUGCCUUCCCCUACAUCAAGACCAGGAUCAGAGUCAUCCAGAAGGAGGAGUUUGUUUUGACUCCGAUUGAAGUUGCCAUAGAAGAUAUGAAGAAAAAGACUCUUCAGCUAGCAGUGGCCAUUCACCAGGAGCCUCCAGAUGCAAAGAUGCUUCAGAUGGUACUGCAAGGCUCUGUCGGGGCCACUGUAAACCAGGGACCAUUGGAAGUAGCCCAAGUGUUCUUGGCUGAAAUUCCAGCUGACCCAAAAUUGUAUCGACACCACAACAAGCUGAGGUUAUGCUUCAAGGAGUUUAUAAUGCGAUGUGGUGAGGCUGUAGAGAAAAACAAGCGUCUCAUUACAGCAGACCAGAGGGAAUAUCAGCAGGAACUCAAAAAGAACUAUAACAAGCUGAAAGAGAACCUCAGGCCCAUGAUCGAGCGGAAAAUCCCAGAACUUUACAAGCCCAUAUUCAGAGCUGAGAGUCAAAAGAGGGACUCCUUCCACAGAUCUAGUUUCAGGAAAUGUGAAACCCAGUUGUCACAGGGCAGCUAAGAGAAGCCAUCUUCACCCAUGGAGACUGAAGUCCUAUGAUCUGAGAAGGACUUGCUGGUACUUAAAAUACAGGACAGUGGCCACCAGGACUGACACACACUCCCUGCCCAGUCAACACUCUGGAAGCUUUGGAAGCCGAGGGACCAUGGAUGACACCCAAAUUGACCAAGAUUGAUCAAAUCUUGGUCAUGCCAGGGGUUUGGCAUAGGGGCAGGGAUAAUCAAGGUGACUGUGUAUUUAUUGAAGUGUGUUUUUCACAACGUUGUACAAAACAAAGAAUAAGCAGCUUCUGCUGAGUGGCCAGUCCAUGUCCACCCAAGAAGUGAUUUCCUCUGGCCUAGACUUGAAUUUACAGGGUAAAUUCAAAUUGCGCAGAGAAAUAGAAAAGUUGUCCACCACCUAUUCCAAGUGAAAUUCAUCUAUCACCUCUUUAUGGGAAAGGAGAGUAAACUCUAGUAAUAUGUACAUUUUCAAUAAAGCUGAGAGGGGAAGCCUUCCUCAAAAUGUGAACAUCAUGAUGAUUGGAAAUCUGGGAUAGAUUAUUUGUGAACUUGUUAUCUUGUUAUCUUUUUGGUUAUGGUGGACUAAUUGUCAUAUAGUUAUUUUUGCUUUACUGUUACUGUUAUAUUGAGUUAACAGCAUUUAUAGAGGAUCAUACUCAGAGCACUGGUUUAGGAGAGGCACGGUACUCAGCAUUCAGCCAAACAUUGCUGAUACUGCGCUUGCUUAAGUGGAAGCAGUUGUAUAUCAUUUUGCUGUUUUUCCUUAUUCUUGCUUUCAGCUUUUUCUGCUCUCUGAAAUCAAAUGUAUUUUUAUAAAAGGAUAAAAUCUCCUCUCAUUUCAGAACAUUGUGCUGUCUGCUACAAAGUAUAUUCAGCUUUGAAUUCUUUUUACAAUGUACUUUAGGAGAAAGAUGAACAAAGUUAUUAUUUGAGAAUUAAAUUAUAUAUUUUUAAUAUGAUUGAUGACCUUGACUGAUGACUAUGGCUGGAAUAAGAAUUGUAA